GCAGUCAACAGACAAGUUUCCUCAGAUAUCAACGGCAACUGGCUUAUCUACAGAGUGCACUGGACAACAACUUAUCCCAAAAUGCUGCAUCAUUUUCUGAUUCUCUCUGCAGUUUGUGCUAUGGUCAUACCAAAGCCUUUACCUGACUUUUACUAUUAUUCACUUGCUGUUGGGGGUGGCAGUGGGAAUGAAUAUUCCACUGCACAUGAGGGUCGCAUCACUGGUAUCAGAGUUUGGGAAUACUUUUGGGGAAGCUAUAUCAGUGGGAUCCAGCUGAGAUACGACAGUAACUGGAUGGAAAUCGCUGGUUCAAAUUAUGGCAAUCCAAUGGAGAUGGAACUCUUUGACAGAGAAUCCAUUACUCAGGUGUCUGGAAAGUAUUACAAUGGCUACAUCUACGAGCUUAUAUUUGUCACUAAUCAGGGACGCUCCUUUAAUGUGGGACUGCCUGCUGGAAGCUCGUUUAACUUCUACCCGACCCACAGAGAAAGCGAACUACGUUUUCUUAGUGGUCGACAGAAUGGUGGUGUCAUCACCUCCAUUGGGGCUCACUGGGCCAUGGUUCACAACUGUGUUUGAAAAAUGUAAUCAUUGUGCCAGUCAUCUUUCUUCCUUCCCAGUACAGCAAUCAAUGUAGUCAAUUAUGAAAAUUUUUAUAAAAUAAAUAUUAAUAAAAACAUACUAAAAUGCUCUUAUGGAGGAAUCUUGAAGUUAUUGGACUGUCCUUUGUUUUUUGGCCCUCUUAUAUACAUUUAGGGAAUUUGUGGCAUCAAUGUAAUUAAAUGUUUGUUCACAACAUUAUUUCAUUUGUCUGGUCCUUAUUGCUACACACUUUUAGAAAUUUGAGCAACAAACUGUCUCUCAUUAAUCUCAAAUUUCUUUGGGUAUUUUCCUACAAUUUUAAGUGUGUCUAGUCAGAACUAAGAGAAGCUGUAAUGCAACAUAAAAUCUAUCAUCAAUCUUUUAGUUCAUUAAAAUCUGCAGUACCAUGGUACGGUAAUAAUGUUUCAGAUGGAAUUAUUAUUAUUAUGGCACUUUGAUAUACAUACCAUGGCUUUGAAUGAUCACCAUAUUUAUAUACCAUGGAAAGUACAUUACCAUGUUACAUGUCCUAAAUAUUGA